AACCUGAUGUAAAUUAAUUCAAAUUAGGUUUGUGUGUAAAAAUGCUUAUAUUUAAUCUGGUUCACAUAUCUGAACCAUAAUAGAUUUUGAGUUAUUAAACUCUUGUGGUUUGUAAACCAUAGCCUGUGACAAAUAUAUGAUUGUAACCAAUUAUACUCAGCAAACUGACAUUUUAAUUGUAUAAGUCACAUUUAGUAAAUGCAAAGCUAAUCUAGGGUCUAGUUACAUAAUACAAUAAUCUAUAAUACUGGUUAUGUGUUCAAUCUCACUUGUGUAUAUAAAUAAUAUUUUGCUUACGUUGGUUAGUGUAGUGUUUUACCCUAUUGGAGAAGUUUAGUAACAGCACUAACUGUUCGAAGUAUGAAUUACAUAAACCACUCAAUUGCAUUAUUACAUUUAUAUUUUACAAGAAAGUUUAUUAUGUACUGCAUAAACAUUUUAGAGAAAGAAGAAACUGCAUACUGCACCAUUCCUAGCACGUUAUUGUAAUGAGAUUACCAAAAAUAUUGUUUUGUCUAAGGGCUAUGCUAUAUGAUUCAAUUAUUCAACCUGCCUUGGAUGUAAUAAUAUAUCUUGUGUUAAUCCAUUGAUUUGUAGAUCAUGUUUUAAGAUCUUUAUUAUCUCAGACUGUAACAGUUAUUUGGCUUAGCAUAUAUUGUGUAAACCCAGCAAAUCAUUAGUUAGCAUUUUAGAUGAAUCUAGCCAAAUUGUGGUUUAUAAAAUAAAUCAUAGUUAAAUAUACUUCAAUGUUCUUUGAAUCAGACCUAACUAACCCUUAUAAUAUUUAGAAGCUGCAAAUAAAACUUUCCCUGAUUUCUUGCUGUGUGGGCUAAAAUUCACAUCCAAUAUAUAAUUAUAACCAAAGUGGCUGAGAUGAGGGUUGUAGGACAAAUAGCUUCUUUCAGGGAAAGAAAGCUGAAAUAAAAAUGCAGCAAACAUAAGCAAAGCAUACAGACAUGUUAAAAACGUAUUCUGUGUGCUUUGAUGUGCAUGCCUCAUACAAAUUCAUGAAUAACUGGAUCUUGUGUACAGAUUCCUGGAAGAAAAUGUGGCUGACAUGAUUAUACUUUUAAAAUGAAUGUUCAUAGAGGCUGCUUCCUCAUUUAUACUAUGUGGAAUCAGUGGCUCUAUAAAUUAUCUGUAUGCAGACAUACUUUUUUCAGCAGUACAAUACUUGCGUGUUUCCUAGUGUUACAAGAGCAAAUAAAAAACUUUACAUCUUAAUAUCCACAAAUUUGGAUUCCAGUUUUAAAGUGCUUAUGGAUAUCCCUUUUUCUCGUUUUAAUUUAAGAACGGGAUUUUUUUAAACGUUAUAUCCACUAGAGGGCAGCAAAUAUCACUUGAAUUAGGGAACCACUAGAAAAUAGAUCAAAGUUGUCCAGGGAUUUCCCCUGCAUUUUUGAGCAAUUUAUAUUCUAAAUAUUUUAUAAUACUGUAAUUAAAUAAGUUAUACUACAUUGUAAAAAGUAUAGUGUAACAUAAUCCAGACCACAGAGAUUUUACUGUAACUUCUUGCACAGCAGCUAUUGAUUAAAUCACUACUGAAUAUCCCACAUAAGCUAUUAACUGUAAUUUACAAACUAGAAUGGUGAAAAACCAGAGACAGGUGAGAAAAACACUCUUGCCUAUGUUAUGACUGUUCUGCUCUAUAGUAGAACCAAAUACUAAAUCAAAAACAAGUCCUAGGGUGUGAUUAGGAGUAAAGCCAAACACUCAUCCUUUAGCCAAGUUCCUACCAUCAUUUGAAGGCUUUCAUUUCCCUAUCGCUCAGGUGCUCCACCCUGGAAGGAUACCCACCCAAACUUCUCAUCAGCAGCUUCAACUAAUUUUGGCUAGUUUAGCUCACUGAUUGCUUUGCUGCAGUGGUUACUACCAUGGGGUACCAUCCAGGCAGCCUGUUGCUGUUUUCCUUCUGCUUCAUUGCUUGUGAUUUAUAUUCUCCAGAUCCUGGGCUACUGUCUCAAGGCAGGAGCCACUUGCAAUGGGUUCAGGAGCUAGCUCGACACCCACGAUAUGGACCUUGUUGGAUGGAGGCCUUGAGGCAAUUGGAUGGUGGGUGCAAGGAGUUGAAUGAAGAGCAGCAAAGCCGCAUUGCACUGGCAUUUGCUCAUUGCCACCUACAACGGUCUGGGAGGAAGUUCCCACCCUGUGAAAUUGGUAGCUCUAUUCGUGACUGCACACAGCACAUGGAUCCAGUGGCUUUUGGCGUGUACACUGAGUUUUUCACUCAUGCUCAUGCCAUCUGUUAUUUUCUUCACAAUGAGGCUUGGCAGCAGCAGGCCCAAGAUACUGUGCACAGGCUGAUCUCCUCUUCAGAAACCGUGGCCCAACAGUUGGAAUCUACCAACCAGCUUGCAGAAGAGACGGCUCGGAUCCAAAAUGCCACCUUGCGCUCUCAGGAGCAGAUCUUGCGCGAUGGGGAGCUGCUAUGGCAGACGCUCCGUGACUCCUCCCAAGGUAUACACCAGGCCUUCCAAGAACUGCAGAAUUCAGCCAUCGAGCAACAAGUAGCCUUUGCAGAGAUCUUUAAUCGAGUGACCUUCCUGCACCGCUUUGUAGUGGGGGAAUCCAAUGCUCUCUAUUCUGUCUUCUUCCAUCUCCUGAGUGGUGUUACUGCACUGCUGCUGACCUCUAGCCAGCGAACUGCAAGAGCUCGGCUCAUUUUGCUGACCUUGGUGGGAGCUAAUAUUUAUCUGGAACGUGUUAUUUGCAACGUUCUCCUGGAUCGUUCAGAGGAGGGCUACGACCUGACGGAAAGCAUCUCCUUCUGGGUCGGCCUGACGCGCCGGAUUUUUGCUUGCCUGUGCACAGCUAUACUAGCUUAUUUUAUUUGGACCUACAAGGACCCAGCCAAACAGAGCCAAGAGGUGCUGCAGAGUCUGCAGGAAACUCGGAAAGAGAUUCAGCAACUUUUACACGAAACUGAGAGGCUGUUGGCUAAACCGGAGCUUCUGUUUCAAGAUACCAAGCCUAGAACAGAAAAGGAGGUAUUGACUGAAGUGGGUGUCUCAAAGCUGCUAUUCUGUUCAAAGAAGAGAGCUGAAAUGGACGCAAAAGAGUAUUGGACUGAAUACCAGAGAAUCCUUUCUCCAGCAGACUGUGAAAACCAAGGAUGGGCUGUAAAGCAGCUGAACUACAAAAAUAACCUGCAGGUAAUUGAUGAGAUGCGGACUAGCAGCUCCAGGCUGAGAGGAUGGCCGUCUUCCCAGUCUCGUCAUUCAUUGCUCCACCGUCAAAGGCAAUCCCAAAACGUUGCUACUCAGCUGCUGACAAUCUCUAUACCAGUGGAUGGGCAAAAAGGAAACAGACCUGAGAUUUCACAAACUUUUCAGACUCCGCGGUACAACCUUCGGAGUCGGCAGUCUCUACAACAUCCAGACUAUUUCACAAGCUGAUAAGGCCUGAGCCCCAGAUGUCAGCAAGAAGAGCCAAAGAGGUAUCAAUAACCUCAUGGAUGCAGCCAAAGGAACCUUGGCAAGGUUUUUGGUCAAUAAUCAUAUUUCUUUGAGUAAGCAGAUCUGGGACAUAUGAUUCCUUUAUUUGAUUUUCUCCGAGUAGCCUAAAAAAU